CUCCCGACUGAAGACACCCACUCCUGUUAGUGGAGGGUCGUGCUCUUCCUGGACCCUCUUUUAAAGAUGUGUGUUUUAUUGGGAUGAUCCCUGGUAGAGGAAUGAGUUUCUCACUGGGAGCCCGAGAGGGGAAGGGUUGCUAGAGGGCCGGCAGCAAACAGGAAGCAGGCCCUGAGACUCCUGCCCAGGCCCGUCUCCGUGAGACAGUUUCUGCGCUGGCGCUCUGUGCCCCUUGCUUUACUUGGUUUGGAGGCUGCUUGCCCUGCUGAUGCACCCGGGGAGCUCGGUGGGCCAGAGAGGGGGCAACAUCUAAAGAACCUCCUGCGCCUGCCUGAGGCUGUUUGCACCCGUUUGAGAAGGCUUAUCCCAGGAGUAACCUUGGACAGGGCUGUGAGUUAGCUUUCCCUGGGAGGGACAACCCUGCAGCGCCCCUACCCUGAGGACCGACACCCUCCAAACCAGGGUUGGUCUGCCUGCCCCUUCCCCGGGAGCCCCAGCUGGCUUCGCUGGUGGUUGAUUUGAAAGCUGCCGCUAGGCAGGGCAACAGUGGUCCUCUGCCCGACUUUUGGCUUGAUUCACCCAUCACUCCCAGUCCUAAUUCCAGAGGACACUUCAGAAAGGUGCAUGGGUGCUGCUGGGUGCUCUAGACCUACCCUAUCGCCCACUCAGCCUGAGGGAAAAGAUCAAAGCUGGGCUUCAGAGGCUGCUUUGUGCUAUCUGGCUCUUUUGGGAGGGAAUCUUGGCAGAGACUGUGUAGUAUUGCCUCCCCAGGCACCUUGAUGUAAUUUACACCUUGCUAUAAUUGUCUCACCUUUUGCCUGGAUGGCUGUCUUUAUUUUCAUAGGAAAGAUCAAGGCUGUCUGCGGCUCAGGAGUUGUCAGGCCAGAACUGUCUGGUCCCAAGUGGGAUGGGCUCCUUGGCGCCACCUAGUGUCAGGUGUAGCCCUUGGCGGGGAGAAUGCUCACAAAAGGGAUUCACUCCUCUGUAAAUUCUCAGGUCCUGGCACAGUGGGAGUACAGAGAUAGAGCACUUUUCUGGCUUUCCUAAAGAUAAUAGUCAAGUGGCAGCGACUGAGAUGGCAUGAAUGAAAUAAUGUUACAUGGUACUGAGUGUAAAGAACUCGUGCGGAACAGACAGGAGCGCCCUGAGAGUUCAGAGCAGGGGCCGUGGGUGUGAGAGGAAGAAAGGACACAGACAGAUGGAGGAGAGAAAUGCAGAGUGAGGGGCUGAGUGCAAGUGGCAUGAUCAGUUUAGGGCAGUGACUGAAAGCGACACUGAGAUAAGAUUGGAAAGGAAGAUGGGAGCCUUGAAUAUUGUAAGAUAUGGUUUGAAUUUCUCCUUGCGGCUCUAGGGACACUGAAAAAUUUUCAGCAGGUGACAGGUUGGAAAAGGGUGUGUUAGAAUCUUAAUAUGGUCACAUCUUCGCCUGUAACAAACCAUGCUGGGCUAGCAGUGCUCUAAGGAAUGGGGAACAAAGGGGGAGUGGAGGCCCAUGGGAAAUGGGUAGGCCAGUGAGUUGUUGAAUGCCUUUCGAAGAGUGGACGGGGGUUCAAGCUAAAAUCCACCUCUCUGUGUCAGCGAGCUCUCCUCCCCGGGGCCAGAGGGUUUCAGCAUCAGAGCUCUCUGCAGCCACACAACUAGCCUGAGCUUGGGGGUGAACUUCUUCGGAAGACGGAGUUAUUAGUCCACCUCAUUUGUCAGCAGAGGAGGUUGGGGGCGGCCUUUGGUCUCUGCCCAGCUGUGUACACCCACCCCCUUUGACCCAGACGUGCUGGGGUGGGGAGGGGGCACCGCCCAAACACGCGGCUGUUAUUUGUCCAGUGCUGUGCCCUUUUUACUUUUUCUUCAUUUUGGGGAAUAACUUCAGAAAUGAUGACAGAUUCGAGUUAGAAGCGACCUGAGAGAGCGUCUGAUACAGGCUGCUAUUAGAGAUGAGAAAACGACUUUCCCAAAGUGACACCAAUAGAUAAUUCUAAAGUGCUUUAAACUCCAGUCCUCACCAUUCGGAAGUAGGUACUGUUGUCAUGCUUGUUGUGUAGAUGAAGAAAGCAACGACAGGGAGGCUAAGUCGCUGGUCUAAGAGCUCCUAGCAGUAAGGGGAGGGUGCAAAGGAUGAGCCAGGAGCCUGACUCCUGGGUUUCUGGUUUGCCCUGGGGUGCGCUUGCCCUUCCCUUCCAGGCCGUAAGGGAGGUCACCACAGCUUCCAGACAUAUCUCAUCUGGCAGGAGCUGCCCUAGGCUCUUGGCUUUGCCCUUCCUCGCACAGGGCCUAGCUCAGCGCUGAGCUGGCAGGAAGCAUGCUUCCUGAAGCUGGGAUUUCCCCGUGGAGGCUGGGAGGCAACGAGCAUCCCUGGCCUCAGCCUGAAGGAUGACUCUGCUGGGCUACCAUGUGUCUCAGGAACUCACGGUAGCUGCUCAGCCCUCAGCUGGGCAGCGAGGGGGUGGCCGUGCCGCCCCUCCCAUUCCUCGAAGCAUCACUCAAAGGGAGAUGAUUCUCCUCUGGUAGGUGGGGUGAAGGAGAAACAGCCCUCCGGGCGGUGAAGGCCUGGCCCAGCUCCGGGCCUGGGGCUGCCACAGUCAGGGCAGCAGAAGGCAGAGGGGAAGGCAACAUGUUGGCCCUCAACUGCGAGGGAUCCCAGCGGCCCUGAAGAUUCCGGCAUAACUGCAUGGAGAGGGGAGAAUGGCCUGAAGGGGAGUGUGCUCUGUGUGUGUGUGUGUGUGUGUGUGUGUGUGUUCGGUGUGUGGUUUGAGCCCACACAGAGCCUUGUGCUGAGACACUGCAUUCCUGCUGGCUGGGCUUCCUGCUCCAGAUGCAUUCCUGCCCCAGAGUCACCACGGAGACUGCUUGGAAUCUGGCCCUACAUUCUCCAAAUUCAGGACAAGAUCCGGCAAAGGGUCCCUCACUUUACCUCCCCAUCCUCUGACUUUGGAGGGAGGAAGCCACCUGAUGGCCAGCCCUCCUCCUCUCCUCCCCAGGGAGGCCUGGCGUGGGGUCUUCACGGGCUGUUGGACUUGGGUAAAGCAGUGCCCCCAGGCCCAGGUCUCCCUCUCUGUACCUGGGAAAGAGGAAGGUGGGGGGCAGUGCUUUCCAGGGGGAUAGGGUUGGGAGGCGGCAACCCAGAGAGCCCGCAGCUAGCAGGGAAGAGGUUGGCCUGAAAGAUCAAGGUGUUAAGAGAGGCCCUCACUCUUCCCCGGGCUUAGCUGUAGGCCUGUUUCCCAGGAGUGAGAAUGUUGUAGUUCGUGACUCUCACUGCUGACGGCUCCUGCGUACGGUGCUGGCAGAAGGGAAGGAGGGAGCUGGAGGUGGGCAGACUGUCUUCUCCCUCCCAGUUAAUAACCACUUGCUCCCAACGCCUCCAGCUCCAGCUCCGGCCCCCUCCCCCAGAGGCUCAGGUGCAAGUUUGCACGUCCGCCAGCUCCCUUAUCUCCCUCCAGGGAAUUUAGGUCCUGCUGGGAGUUUUCCAGCCUGGUGGUCGCCUUCCUCAGGAGGCUGAGGUUUCCUUAGGAGGCCACCAUCCCAUCUGGUCACCAGGCUGUCUCACCGUCAGUGUCUGCCUGGGCUGCCGGCCCCCUUUCAGGGUGGUUGGGGGGUGGAAUCCCACGGACCCACAGAGUUCGGGGGCGGGGACCGGAGAGCAUUUACACUUCCAGCACCUCAGGCUUGCCCUCCUGUCCCCCCUGUUUCGCUUCCCCGGAUCCUGAAGCCCCCUCCCCCCGCGCCAGCCCCCAGCUUUAGGGUACCCGGGUGAGGAAGAGAUAUGGGAGGAGGAGGGGGUUCAGAUCUAGCCCAGAACCCAAGGCGCUCUGCAGUUGUUGGAAAGGAUCUUCCUGUGCCGGGAGUCACUUCCCCCUUUGAUCGCGCCAGGUUUCUGAGUGGCUGAGUGACUUGCCCCAAGGCACACAGCUGGGAGCUCGGGUACGCCGGUGUCCAGGUCCGCUCUCCUCCCUCCGCCGGCACGUGCGGCUCCAUUUCCUUCCGCGCUCGCGUCCGGUCGCCGCCGCCCCCCAUCCCCGCCCGGGUUCAUUUCGGCGGCAGGAAGACAGACCCCGCUUGGAAACCGAGGGCGGGGUGACCCCGCGCCACGAACCUGACGGCGUCUCCGGGCAGGGCUCCCCGCUCCUCGUCCGGGGUCGGCAGUGCGGGGCCGCCCGGGGCCCGAAGGACGGCAGAUCGGGGCCCGCGCCCCGCCGGCACUGGGGGCGGGGGGCUGGGACCAGGCCCCGCCCCCGCGGCCCCUCUCCGAGCGCCCGCACACCUGCGCACCCCUCCCGCCGUCCCUCCCCCAUCCCCGCUGGGAGUGUCCGGGGGCCUCGCCCAGCCAGGUCCGGACGCGCACCCGACAGCAGCGCGGGGACGCCGGCCGGGAUCGCUCCGUCCGGCUGCAGCGGCCACGGCCGGGGCGCCGUGUCGGGGCCGGGAUUGGGGCCAUGCUGGGCCGGCGGCGCGUCUUCGCCGUGAAGCCGCUGGGCGGCCGGGAUGGGGCUGGCGAGGACCUGGCACGUGGUUGUGUAGUGCCUGGAGUCACCAGCACCUACAGACGGAUCCCGGAUGCUGCUCCAGGGUGGUCGGCAGACUCCUGCAAGGGGCAUGGCCGGCUGAGAGCACCUGGGAGGCAGGUGCCGCUUCUCAAACUGGCCUCCCAGGACUCAGGAGUGGAGAUGGCGGUUGGGGACAGGUCCCUAGCCACCUCCCCGGGCCUUUCUCAAGACUCUCUGAACUCUGAGCCCAUGCAGAACGCUGAGCCCCUGGCCCUGGGUGCCACGGAGCCUCCUGCCCGCCUAAGCCGGCUUCUAGCCAGCCGUAAGCUGGAGCAGGUGCUGGAGCGGUCCCGCCAGAUCCCGACUUCCUCUGCCAGCUUGUCACAUUACCGCUCCCCAAAGCCGCCAAGCCACCCUGAGUAUGAAAUGCCCCUUUUUGGAGCAGGAGGACAGGAGGCCACCAAGGCAGAGAGUGACCUAGAGGCAGGCCUGGAAGAAGCAGAAGUGGUGGGGGGCUUGGGGCCUGAAGCCUGGGCCUGCCUCCCAGGGCAGGGUCUUCGCUACCUGGAACACCUGUGCCUGGUACUGGAGCAGAUGGCGAGGCUGCAGCAGCUCUGCCUGCAGCUGCAGACUCAGAGGGCCCCUGGGGUGAGUGAGCUGUGGGCAGUCGGGCCAGCGGGCAGGCAGGUGAGUGGGGGAUGCAGAGGAUGGGGGGGACCCCUGGAACCAGGACUCCCUUCAGAACAGCCUCAGCCCUCUAGCCAGGCCCUGAAAGCCCGUCUCUCCUGUGCGCAGGAUCCUAAAGAGGAGGAGCCGGCCCUGGCGCCUUCACCUCCACCCUCUCACGCCCCGGGCAGUGAGGUACACGGGCGGUGGGAGCGGCUCAGCCAGACAGAGGAGACAGGAGCAAGCACAGCUUCACCCCCAAAGGUAGGGGUGCCCAGCGCCAGCCCUUCCAGGCUGUCAGAGGCCCUGGCAGAGCCAGCUCACACCUUUCCAUCCUCCCAGGGGCACAGGCGGGAUCUCUCCCACUGGAACAAGGUCAAGGUCCUGCUCAACCGGAUCCGGUGGAGGAGCCCUCGACCUGCUGAAGCCGCUGCCCCUCCUGAUGGCUCUGCCCCCAGGAUUGCAUCAAGGGACCUCCCUGAAAGGCCUCCAGGCCAAACCCUCCAGAAGACCUUUAUGCCAUCAUUAGUGGUUAAGAAGCAACGAGCAAAAAACCUUACUGUAUGCUGAGACUUCCUGGUGCAGGGAUGUAACCCCAGCUGGGGGGAGUGCAGUGAAGUCUUCUCCCUUGCCCUCUGCCCUGUUGCUGCUUCUGGGCACUGCCAGGAAAAGCUGUUGAGCCUCAGUUUUCUCUCUGAGGCAAGGGCUGAGUCUUUCUCCUCUGAGCAGCCAAGGAACCCUGGGUCCCUGAGAGGCCCCAAGGUGCAGCAGCUCUCGGGCUCCUCCCUGGUUGCCAGAAAUCCCUGGGCUUAGGCAAUGUGAACUUACUGAUUCAUCUGGCGUCCGUGGAGUGUGUUUGGCGUGGCGAUCUGUCAGGGCCCAGCGUGUCGCUGGGGACUGUGGGACUGUCAGUGUUGUGAACUGGCUGGAUCCAACCAUCUCUCUGGAAUCAUGCACUCAAAGAGUCAGUCUUCAGGGUGAGGUAACUGCAGAACGAUGGACUUGACCUUCACUCCUGAGCGGACAGUUACUGAUCUGGAGUCCUCCCUUCCUCCUCAUACUUGCACGGGCAGCCCCAGGACAGAGAAGGGUGCUUUCUUGGCUGCCUCUGCAUUGAAUCUUGCCUGAAGACUGCACCAGGGAUGGGAGUCAAGGACAACAUGGGGAACAGCAGAGUAAUCUUCAAG